AUGGCAUGGCAUGCUUGCACAGAUCAUUCCCACAUCGCCCUGUCUGCAUCCUCUAUAACAAGCAAUGAGUGGCCGAACGCGUCAGUUUCUACAGAAACUUCUGGGUCUCGGUUCUGCUUAAGUUGUUUCCAAUAUCAUAUUCCUUCUAUGUACCACAUCGAGCUCUUGAUAAAUGUGAAAUUGCUAACUGGGCUUUUGGGUCAAUUCCACGUGCCGAAGGACGAUGGGGACACUUUGCAUUCCCCUUUUCACGGGGCGUUUGUGCAGCUUCGGUUCCACUUUCUUUCCCACUCAAAGCCAUUACUUGAAGUGGUGGAGACCCUCAUGCGACGUGUUUGUAGUCUCAACCGAGACAAACAUAUGGUUGCAUUGACGACAUGCCUAAAAAAGUUGAUUGUGGAUUUCACAAUGCUUCUCAUAAUAUUUCAGGAACCCUUAUCCGUAUUGCCUCCAAAAUCGUCUUUUGAGUCCUCAAAGGUGACGAUAUUAGGGAUGAGUAUUAAUGAAGAGCCUUCGCUGGGUGCUACAGAGCAAUAUUUGGAAGAGAUACAACCACACUACGCAUCCAGAUGUUCUCUUUCCCAUCUUGUUGUUAUACUGGUAAGACUCCUCCAGGACAUCUUUUCUAGUGGAAAAAAUUCAGAAAAAUACCAUUGCCUGUUGCUGAUCUCCGACAUGUAUGAGUCCUGUGCAGCUUUGCGGGCUGCUUCUUGCGAUUAUGUAGUGGACUUUUUGAGGCUGUACACCACCGAAGCGUUUUCGCGUGAGAGCAGCCGCACACUAGAGGUAUAUUUAUAUCUCUUGCAUCAGCUUUUUAUGGAGUCUCGGCAACGCCCAGAUUUUCUUGAAAAUCUUUCUAAGACCUUUUUAUUAUUGUCGUCUUCUCUUUCAGCAGAGCCGAAAGCUCCUUUGCCUCCUCAACUUCCAGUCUUUAUAUCUAACCUCUGCGCUACAAUUGAAAAUCACUCAGGAGCUCCAAUAACUAUCCGCAACGCACUAACUUUGAUGCAUUUUGUCGUUUUCCUCGAAACAACUUCGGAGGUAGUUUUUGGUGACCCAAGCGAUCCUGCUUUUGCACUCGCAAUAGAAUCUACUCUUCACCAUGUUGUUCCUUUGAUUCUUCAUCCUAAUACAGAGGUGGGCUUGUUAGCCUGUGAUACGGUACGACUCUUGAUAAAGAGGCAAAGUUCAUUUGGCAUAUCAAAAUCCACACGAGAAUGGAUAAUGGAUUUAGCAUUAGAAGGAAUUCAACUCGCCUCGAAACCCUCUGCAGCUCCCCUUAUUGGGCUUCUAAAUACCCUAUGUAGUGGCUGCUGCAUUCACUCUGAUGAGGAGACAGCGUUAGAAUCAACAACAGGUGCGAAUCCGAAUGCCUUAGGGCUUAUUAUUCAACUCUCCGGUUUCGCCAAUGACGCGUUUCAGGAUGCCAUAAACGGGAAUUUUCUUCAACAAUACGUUCAAAAAAAUACGGCGAAUGUGGAUACCUAUGCCGAGCAAAUUCUUCGUGCCUGUGGGGGGAACUCCGCCUUACCCUUUCGCGGCUUUCUGCGGUUGCUCUACUUGGUGUCGGGAAUGGCGUCCGACGUCGCGGCGAUCCGCCCGGAGGUCGCCUCGCAGCUGGUUCAACACACCCUCCGUCAGCUUGAGGGGGAGUUGACGUCGUCCUCCUCGACCGCCGCGUCUGGGAUGGGGGGAGGGGGGGGAGGGAGGGGGGUCAGACUCCCCGCUGGAGGUCCUAUUCACACGCAACGAUCACGCCCUUUCGGAGUUGCUGCACCACGACGCAUUUCGAGAGUUGUCCCAGACGGUCUCCCACUUUCUGUUCAUCUCCGAUGA